AUGCACAACAACUACCUGGGUAUACGCGCACAGCGUGGUGGAACAUCUGGCGGAGGACCUGGACGAGGCGGCGGGACGGGCCAGAAGUAUGGCAAGACGCCUCAGGCGACUCCCUCGACUCGCUGCCAGAAGUGCGGUCAGCUCGGACACUGGUCGUUCGAGUGUACCGGACAGCGCGAAUACAAGGUCCGCCCGACACGAACGCAGAUCUUGAAGAACCCGAAGCUGAGGAAGGAGCUGGAGGAGGCUGCGCCUGUCAGGACUGAGGAGAUCCCCAAGGAAGGAACCGCUGCCGCAAUCCUCGCCGCGAACGAAGCGAAGCGGCAGGCGAAGCUCAAGGCUCAGCGAGAAGAGGAGGAGCGCGGCCGGAGCAGGCGAAGCAGGCGCGACCGCAGCGAGUCGGUUUCGUCGAGCGGGUCGAGCGGCAGCUACUCGUCCUCCUACUCCGGGAGAUCGAGGUCCGACAGUCGCAGCAGGUCGCGCAGUCGCUCGUGGAGCAAGUCGAGGAGUCGCUCGCGAGGCCGGAAGGCAAGGUCGCGCAGCGACUCUCGCUCUCGCUCGCCUUCCCGUUCCCGCUCCCGCUCUCGCUCGCCUCGCCGCUCGCGCGGUCGUCACCUCUCCCGCUCGCCAUCCGUGUCUCGCUCUCCCUCGCCGUCCCGGUCUCACAACCGCUCUCCAGCUCGUCGACGUGCCGCCUCAAGGUCCCCCUCAGGGUCGAAGUCGCCAGGUCCGUCAAAGAGGCGAGGCCGAUCGCCUUCGUACUCGCACUCGCCAUCACCAAAGAGGAGCAGGAGACCCAGCAGGAGUCGGAGCAGGAGCAUGUCGAGGAGUGUGAGCGGGAGCAGGAGUCCGUCGCCAAAGAGGGUGAGGCGGCAGGAGACGGAGUAG